GGACAGUACAAUCUGUGACACCGCGCUGUCAAAAGCAGGAAGUUAAGAAUGUAAAGUAUAAUGCGGCAUCUCCUCUCACUGAUCUCAUUUACUCAUUAUUUAUUAUAAUUAACACAAUCUCUAAACACAAGGAUAUGCAGGUGUUGGGUCUUGGCUCUGUGAGGCACACGGCAUGCUAACCAAACAGUCUUUGGAGCAAAGGAAAUCCAGACACAAGUUCCACUAAUGUUGAUGAUUAGUCCCAGGAUGGCUUCAGGAAUGCAAGAGAAACAGUUCACGGCAUCUCUGCUCAAUUUUUUCGUUUACAACCCAACAUUUGGACCACGGGAAGGAGAGGAAGAGAAGAAGAUCUUGUUUUACCACCCGAGUGAAGUGGAGAAAAACGAAAAGAUCCGUAAUGUGGGUCUUUGUGAAGCCAUCGUACAGUUCACAAGGACAUUCUGUCCAACAAAACCAGCUAAAUCCCUGCACACACAGAAGAACCGGCAGUUUUUCUUUGAGCCCGAGGACAAUUUCUGGAUGGUCAUGGUGGUUCGAAACCCAAUGAUCGAGAAACCAAACAAAGAUGGCAAACCUCCCACGCAAGAAUAUCAGGAAGAGGAAAUACUUGACACCGUUUAUGGUGCGGUAGUUAAAGAAUGCUACAGUAUGUACAAGCUCUUCAAUGGUACGUUUGGCAGAGCAGUCGAGGCCGGAGGAGCGGAGCUGCUCAUCCAGAAGCUUGAAAAGUUCUUCUACCGGUAUCUGCAGACGCUCCACUUGCAGUCCUGCGAUUUGCUGGAUGUUUUCGGAGGCAUCAGCUUCUUCCCGCUGGACAAGAUGACCUACCUGAAGAUCCAGUCCUUCGUCAACCGAGUGGAGGAGAGCCUCAGUCUGAUCAAAUACACGGCCUUCCUGUAUAACGACCAGCUUAUCUGGAGCGGACUGGAACAAGAUGACAUGAGGAUCCUGUACAAGUACCUGACCACCUCGCUGUUCCCCAGACACUCUGAACCAGAGCUGGCUGGCAGGGACUCUCCCCUGAGGCCCGAGGUGGCAGGGAACCUGUUGCAUUAUGGGAGGUUUCUGACGGGACCUACAAAUCUCAAAGAUCCUGAGGCAAAAUUCAGAUUCCCUAAAAUAUUUGUCAGCACAGAGGACGGCUAUGAGGAGCUGCACCUGAUCGUUUAUAAGGCGAUGAGCGCGGCAGCUUGCUUUAUGAUCAGUGCCUCUGUGGAGCUGACGAGGGAUUUCUGCGAGCAGCUGGACGCCUUGGUGGGCCCUCAGCUCACUCUGCUGGCCUCUGACAUAUGUGAACAGUUCACAGUAAACCGCAGGAUAUCAGGGCCAGAGAAAGAGCCCCAGUUUAAGUUCAUCUACUUCAACCACAUGAACCUGGCGGAGAAGAGCACGAUCCACAUGAGGAAGACGGCCAGCGUGUGCCUCACCUCGGUCCACCCCGACCUCAUGAAGAUCCUGGGAGACAUCAACUGUGACUUUGCCAGGGUUGAUGAGGAUGAGGAAAUCAUCGUCAAGGCGAUGACAGACUACUGGGUAGUCGGCAAGAAGUCAGACCAGAGAGAGCUGUAUGUGAUCCUGAAUCAGAAGAACGCCAACCUGAUCGAAGUGAACGAGGAGGUAAAGAGGCUCUGUGCGACGCAGUUCAACAACAUCUUCUUCUUGGACUGAUGGAGCUGAUGAGACGGACACUGUUCCCCCACACUAACACUGUCAGAGUUGCAGGGUAUCAUGACAGCAUCAGCGUAAUGCAAUAAUUGCAUUGUAAAAUAAAAACAAUUAAAAGCUUUCUCACCAAGUUUUUAUUUUAUUUAACCUUUAAAAAAAUGUAAUUUUCUCUUGUAAUUAAAUGUAAAUCCAGAUUUUUACUGUACUUUAAUUUUCUUUGUACAUACUUAAAGGAUUUUGUUAACUGUUCAUUUGGAUUUCUUUAGAAACAAUUUGUUCACAUCAUGAAAAUGUCUCAAAUUCAUUUAAAAACUGACGUGCACACUUUACGCCCAGGUUUCUUUGAUCAUCAGUGAUUAUUUUAAAUACGAUGUCUUCAUGUCAAAAGUAUUGUGGUAACUGCGCUAACUUUAAAUAAAUUAAGAAGUCAUUUUACUCUGUGUAAGAAAUGUUUUUUUUUAGGUAAGGAUUAAGUAGCAACAUCAGAGAUUAUGUUUAUUUAUUGGACACAUUUUCAGAUGACAAUAAAGUUUGACAUUACCUCUGUUGUA